CUGCCAAAACUAUCGAAUCCCAAAUCACAAUUUUUGCCCAGCUCAAAUGUAAUUUGUAACAACAACAAAGAUAUACACAUACAUUCCAAACCAAAAUCCGUGCAGAUGCGCCAACAACGCGCCAUUGUCGAACGAGACUCCAAAAAGCAGCAGUAUCGAACCGGAACCAAUCUGAGGAAUUAGGGUGCGCCGGCGGAAGAACGGAAGCGGCGAAAGGAAGACAAGUGGCACGACGAGCAGUUGUCACUUUUCACACACGCACUCCACGUAAACCACCACCGUCAACCACAAACCACUGUCCAGUUGCCAUCAUGCUGUCGCGGCUACAGGACUUCUUGUCACGCCACCGGCGAAAGUUCAUCGUGACCGGCGUGCUGGUGGGUGGUACCAUCUUUGCGGCAAGGUACGCCCAGCGCCGCCUGGUGGAGUUCCAGGAAAAGCAGGCCCGCGAGUUCUUCGAGCGGACACGGCGAAUGCAUCAUUUUGAGUCCACGGAGAAGACCUGCAACCAGGUGAUACUCGGAAUGGGCGAAGAGAUGUGCCAGGCGGUGCUGAGGGAGUGCAGCACGGACGAGCUGCUCGAGCAGUUGCGCCAGAACCCAAAGAACAAGCUGGAGUUGUGGGAGGACAUGAAGAUCGUGUCGUUCACCCGGCUGGCCACCUACGUGUACGCCUCCUCCAUGCUGGUGAUCGCUCUGCGCGUGCAGCUGAACCUUCUAGGCGGCUACAUCUACCGGGAUAUUAUGACGGAGCAGAAACAGAUCACGGACGAGCUGAAGCAGCAGUAUCUCUCGCUCAUCCGGCACUUUAUCACGGAGUCGGGCAUCCAGGAUCUGGCGCGAUACAUACGCACUCAGGUGAUUGCCGUCACAAAGUCCAUGCCGCUGACCCAGCAGCUCUCGCUGACCGACAUGGAGCAGCUGUUCUGGUCGCUUCAGAUGUCCAUUAAUGCGGACACGCGACGGGAUCCAAAUUCGCGGAUGAGCAAGUAUCUGCUGCCCAGCCAAAACCCCAGCCACUCGCCGCUUCUGCAGCAGAUGUACAACGAGACGCUGGACCUGCUGGAGAGCGAGGAUGCCAUCGGCGUGUGCUCGCACAACGUGAGCCGGGGCUUUGUGCUGGCCUGCGACGCCAUUGCCGAGUCCAUGGGCCAGACGCUCCAGCACCUGCCGCCGGGCGAGUUGGCCAAGCAGCAGGAGAGCCAACAGCCGCUGAAGUUUAACCAGCCAGGGAGCAGCACUAGCUCCCAGAACCAGGACAAUCCCACGACGUCGACGGCAGCAGCGGCGGCGACGGCUGCGUCGGAGAACAACAACUUGCUGAACAUCAAUCGGGUGCUAAUGGCACUGGCCAAGCUCAUUCCGAUCAUCAGCGGCAUCACCUCUCGGGGCUUUGACAGCACGGCCCGACCCCAUAACCUGCCCACCCAGCUGCUCACCUUCUACGUUGUCGCGGAGAAGACAAAGACGCUGGGGGCCAACGUCUACGAGACCUUUAGCUCCGCUUAGGAGCAAGCGCUUGGAUAAUGCUCUAUGGAUUAUGCAUAGGCUAGGGACUAGGCUAAGACCAUUUGGAACAUUAUAGUUAUUGUGUACAUGUAUAUUUUAAAUAUGAACCCCUCUGAAGCGUUGUUUGUCUGUCUGCUUGAUCAUUACUCCACAUCCCGUACUAAGUCUAGCUCCUAAGAAUAUUUAAACGAAAGCGAAUGUAAGGUAUAUUGUUUAAGCUGAUAUAUAAAUGGCGUCCAAUUGAGGAGACCUUUUAAGACAGGGACAAAACCAGAAAAGUAACGAAGGCCUUUUAAAAUAAAUGGAGUGUGUAAUUUGUGCAUAAGAACUAAGAAUUAAAAGCUGCUUUUUGGUGGUUAUUUGGUAUACAAAAAAAACUUAAUGGAAACAAAUUAUUUGCAAGCGCCAUACAGAUCCAAACUAAAAGCUUAUUUUCCAUAAAGAAUUUAUGUUUAUUUGACACUUUCAGACUUAAGACUUAAUGUACCUACUUUAAAAUGGAUUGUAUAAUAAAUGACAUAUACAUUAAA